GUUCUAACUUAGUGGAACUGAGUACAACAUGCACCGUUAUACAGACGGCGAGGAGAUCAACCUGGAGCACUUUGGAUCCACUUUGUGCGCGUCCUGCAACGCGCUGCCAUACCUCUGACUGGAGUGGAUUUAAUUAUUUCUUCCUUCUUAUUUUGUAGAAUAACGUUUUAGGUAGAGAGAAUCGGAAGAUGCUUUUUGCGGGAGAGGAGUUACUAUAAUAAGGUCAGGAACUUAUCCCCGAGAAGAAGCGCACUGGGAUCGAUAGUCCUGAAGGAGUCUACUGUUGUUUCUUUCCGUCCCGGGACCUUGGUGCCUUCAUGAGGACUAAAGAGGAAUAUUAAAGCGAGACUUUGGGAAUACUUUGCAGUAUUUACGCACAGGGUUGGAUAAUACGCACUCUACACCAUGCUUUAGUAGUUUACAGAGUCCAGAGAGUGGAUGCAUUAUAGGCAUGGACUUUGUCUGAGAAGAAAGGUGGACUGGGCUCAUUAACCAUGGCGCUCACAGGUCGGGCUCUCGGUCGGUUUCACGGUGUUUUACUGCUAUUAUGGACCCUUUCCCAGUACUCCGCCUCCAGCCAGGUCCGCCAGGAGUUCCGCGUCCAUGAGGAGCAGCCGGUCCGGACGCAUGUGGGGACCAUCGAGACGCGGCCGGGCUUCACCUACCGCUUCAGUGAGACCCACAGACUGUUUGCGAUCAACAGCUCCACCGGGGCCAUCUACACCUCCAGGGUGAUCGACAGGGAAGUUUUGCAAAGUGAUGUCAUCAACGUCGUGGUGCUCUCCAGCCAGCCCACCUACCCCACGGAGGUGCGGAUCCUAGUGUUGGAUAUUAACGAUAACUCCCCGGUGUUCCCGGACGAGUCCAUCGUGGUCUCGUUCAAAGAGGACGCCAGCAGCGGCCGGCAGGUCAUCCUGGACACGGCCACGGACUCGGACAUCGGCAGCAACGGGGUGGACCAUACCACGUACCGGAUAGUGAACGGCAACGAGCAGAGGCGGUUCCGUCUGGAUGUUACAGUCAACCCUAGUGGCGAGGGGGCUUUCCUACACCUUGUCUCAGCAGGAGGCCUGGACAGAGAGGUCACACCCAUCUACCAGCUCCUGAUCGAGGUGGAAGACAAGGGUGACCCUAAGCGGUUCGGCUACCUCCAGGUGAACGUGACCAUCCAGGAUAUAAACGACAACCCCCCUGUGUUCAACCAGGAGCAGUAUCAGACCAGCGUGUUUGAGGAUGCUGCCGUAGGCUCCAGUGUGCUUCAGAUCACAGCUUCAGACCUGGACGAUGGAGUUAACGCUGACGUGAGAUACUUCCUAGACGACGGGACGCCUUUUCAAAUCGACCCCAAAGCCGGUACUAUUGUCAUUAAAGAGCCACUGGACUUUGAGCGCAAAAGAGAAUAUUCUUUGACUGUUCAUGCUGUAGACAACGGGGUGCCCUCCCUGUCUGGCAGGACGGAGGCCACCGUUAAACUCCAAGACGUGAAUGACAACGACCCAGUGGUCAAGUUCAGAUACUUCCCCACCACCUCUAAGUUUGCGUCCGUGGAUGAGAACGCCCAGAUUGGCACCGUGGUGGCGUUGCUCACCGUGUCGGACUCCGACUCGCCAAUGGCCAACGGGAACAUCUCAGUUUCCAUACUGGGGGGCAACGAGCAGCGACACUUUGAGGUCCACACUUCUCCGGUUCCUAACCUGAGUCUGAUCAAAGUGGCGAGUGUUCUGGACCGGGAGCGGAUCUCCUCCUACAACCUCACCGUGUCGGUGUCGGACAACGGCCACCCCACGGCCCGCUCCUCCUUCGCCAGCCUGAUGAUCUUUGUGAACGACAUCAACGACCACCCGCCCAUCUUCCAGGAGGCCCAGUAUCGGGUGGACAUCAGUGAGGACAUCCCCACGGGGAGCUACAUCAAAGGGGUGUCGGCCACCGAUGGCGACUCCGGGCAGAACGCCAACCUGCGCUACUCGCUGGUGUCCGGGAACGCCCGGGGCUGGUUCUCCAUCAGCGAGAACAGCGGCCUGGUGACCAGCGCGGCGCCGCUGGACCGUGAGGAGGCCUCCCACAUUGUGCUCAACAUCAGCGCCAAGGACCAGGGGCUACAGCCCAAGAUCUCCUACACACAGCUGCUGGUGAACAUCACCGACGUCAACGACCAGGUGCCAACCUUCGCACAGAGGUCGUACCACGUGACCCUGGCGGAGCACGCCCCCGCGGGCAGCGAGCUGCUGCUGCUGACCGCCUCCGACGACGACCUGGGCGCCAACGGCAGCGUGUGCUUCACCUUCGACGCAGAGACGCCGGCCGCUGUGCAGGAGCUGUUCCGCCUGGAGGCGUCGACGGGGAGACUGAGCACGGCGGCGGAGCUGGACCGCGAGGACCAGGGCUCCUACCUGCUCCAGGUGCGGGCGGCGGACGGCGGCAGCCCCCCUCUCCACUCGGUGGGCAGGGUCAACGUCACGCUGAGGGACAUCAACGACAACAGGCCCGUGUUCUACCCCGUGCAGUAUUUCGCCAAUGUGAAGGAGAACGAGCCGCCGGGCUCCUACGUGACCACCGCUCUUGCCACAGACCUCGACUUAGGUCGGAACGGCACGGUGAAGUACAUCAUCACGGCCGGAGACACGGCCAAGUUCCACAUCAACAGCAACACGGGCCGAGUGAGCACGCUGGUGUCUCUGGACCGAGAGGAGAAGACGGCCUAUCAGCUGCAGGUGACGGCGGUGGAUGGAGGGGGGUUGAGGUCCCACACCCAGGCUAUCGUGACCGUCACGGUGAUAGACACGCAGGACAACCCCCCCACCUUCAGCCAGAAGGGCUACAGCUUCGUCAUGUUCGAGAACGUGGGCAUCGGAGCGGUGAUUGGGACGGUGUCCGCCACCACGGUGGACCUCAACACCAACAUCACCUACCUGAUCACCUCCGGGGACCAGCGGGGGGUCUUCGCCAUAGGCGGCGGCGGGCAGAUAGCCGCGGCCAGCCAGGUGGACCGAGAGGAGCAGGGGUUCUACCAGCUGAAGGUGGUGGCCAGGGGUGGGGAGGUCACCGGAGAGGCCCUGGUCAACAUCACCGUGAAGGACCUGAACGACAACGCCCCCCACUUCCUGCAUGCUGUGGAGCACGUCAGCGCUGUGGAGAACUGGGGCACGGGCCACGCCAUCUUCCAGGCCCGGGCAUCCGACCCAGAUGAUGGAACCAAUGGCCAGGUGGUCUACAGCCUGAAGCAGAACCCAAAGGGCCUGUUCCACAUCCACGAGAAGCACGGCCUCAUCUCCCUGUCGGGGCCGCUGGAGGUCACCACCAGCUCCUACCAGGUGGAGGUGACGGCCUCCGAUACGGGGGUCCCUCGGCACACCUCCAGCCUCAUCCUCACCGUCAGCGUGUACGACGUCAACGACAACUCCCCCACCUUCGACCAGCUGUCGUACGAGGUGGUCAUCCCAGAGUCGGAGCCCGUCAACAGCCGCUUCUUCAAGGUGGACGCCACGGACAAGGACUCGGGGCUGAACGGCGAGAUUGUGUACGACAUCGUGGACGGCAACACAGGUGAUAUGUUUGGUGUCUUCCCCGACGGCCAGCUGUACAUCAAAGCUGAGCUAGACAGAGAGCUACGAGACAGAUAUAAUUUGGUGCUGGUGGCGAAAGACCGCGCCGUUGAACCUCUAAGUGCUAGUGUCAACGUCAGCGUCAUCCUGGACGACGUGAAUGACAACCGACCGCUCUUCAACAGUACCAAUUAUGUGUUCCACUUUGAGGAAGAGCAGCCCAGAGGCUCGCUGGCUGGGCGGGUGUGUGCCCAGGAUAAAGACUUUGGCCCAAACAGUGAGAUCAGAUAUACAUUCGAGCUGCCUCAACCUAACUUUGAGCUGAACACCAUCACCGGGGAGUUGACGAGCACUCUGCAGUUGGACCGCGAGUCCCUCAUGCGACAGAGAGGCGCCGCUGGGUUCAGCUUCACGGUCAUUUCGUCAGACCAGGGGCUCCCCAAGCCCCUCCGGGACCAGGCAAAAGUGCAAGUUUACAUUCAAGACAUCAACGACAACUCGCCAAAGUUCACCAAAGACAUUUACCAGGCCUCCAUCUCGGAGUCAGCCCAGAACAUGACCCAAGUGCUCCGGGUCUCGGCCUCCGACGUGGACGAGAACAAAAACGGACUUGUGGGGUACCACAUCGCAGAGGGCAACGAGGAGGGCCAGUUUGUGAUUGACAGUGGCUCUGGUCAGAUCACUCUGGUUGGAGCACUGGACUAUGAGUCCACCUCCCACUACUCUCUGAAGAUCCUGGCGGUCGACGGGGGGAAGGUGCCCUUGUCCUCCUCCUGUAUGCUCAGCGUGAGCAUCCUGGACGAGAACGACAACUCCCCCGCCUUCCCCAAGUCCUCCCUGUCUGUGGACGUUCUGGAGAACAUGAGGAUCGGAGAGCUGGUGGCCUCCGUGACCGCCACCGACGCCGACUCGGGCCCGAACGCUGACAUCACGUACAGCAUCACAGCCACAAACAACCACGGCACCUUCAGCAUCAGCGCCAACACCGGCAGCAUCUUCCUGGUGAAGAAUCUGGACUUUGAGACGCAGUCAUUCUACAAGCUCAACAUCACGGCCAGAGACAACGGCCGGCCGGCUCGCUCCUCCUCCAUCCCAGUCGUCAUCCACGUGAGAGACUUCAACGAUAACCCCCCCGUCUUCACCCCGGGGGACAUCUUCAAAUCCAUCGCUGAGAACCUCCCCAUCUCCGCCUCGGUCAUGACGAUCACGGCCCACGACACGGACGCGGACAUCAACGGGCAGCUGGAGUACUCCAUCGUCCAGCAGACGCCCCGCGGGGGGCACUUCAGCAUCAACCCCGGCACCGGGCUCAUCUACACCAACAGAGACAUCGACAGGGAGUUCUCCAACCUGUUUGAGCUCACCAUCAAGGCCACGGACCAGGCCGUGCCCGUCGAGUUCCGGCGCUUCGCCCUGAAGAACGUCACCAUCUGGGUAACGGACCUGAACGACAACGUCCCCGCCUUCGUGUCGCAGAACGCCCUGGUGGCCGAGCCCAACAUCGUCAUCGGGUCGAUCCUGACUACGGUGGUGGCCUUUGACCCCGACGAGGGGUCGAACGGGGAGGUGGAGUACGACCUGGUGCGGGGGGACGCUGACACCUUCAUCAUGGACCGCUACAGCGGGGACAUCCGGCUGGCGUCCCAGCUGCUGCCGUCCCGGCUGGUGUACACGCUCACCGUGUCGGCCACGGACCACGGGGCAGAGCGCAAGACAUCCCGCACCGAGCUGACCAUCAUCCUGCAGGGCGGGGACGGGCCCGUGUUCUCCCAGCCCAAGUACAUCACCAUCCUGAAGGAGGGCCAGCCGGCGGGCACCAACGUCAUCUCGCUGGACGCCUCCAGCCCCAGGGGUUCCGGCACCAAGGUGGAGUUCUUCAUCGUGGCGGUCCGCAGCCACGGCAAGGCGGUGGGCCGACUGUUCAGCAUCGACCGGCAGAGUGGCGUGAUCCAGACGGCGGCCGAGCUUGACCGCGAGCAGGGCUCGGACCUCUAUCUGCUGGAUGUGUACGCAAUCGAGAUGGACGCCAGCCAGCCCAGGACACAGCGUGCUGAGGUGGAGAUCACUCUGCAGGACGUCAACGACAACCCGCCCAUCUUCCCCAACGACAUCCUGGACCUGACCAUUGAGGAGAACGUGGGCGACGGCUUCAGGGUCAUGCAGCUGACCGCCACCGACGCAGACGAGGGACCCAACGCCCUGGUCACGUACACCAUCAUCAGCGGUGCCGACGACAGCUUCCGGGUGGACCCCGAGUCGGGCGACCUGACGGCCACACGGCGGCUGGACCGCGAGCGGCGCUCCGAGUACUCGCUGCUGGUGCGUGCCGACGACGGGCGCCAGUCCUCUGACAUGCGGCUGAACAUCACCGUGAGCGACGUCAACGACCACGCCCCCCGCUUCUCCCGCGCCGGGUACUCCUUCGACAUUCCUGAGGACACCGCGCCCGGCUCCAUCGUGGCGGCCAUCUUGGCGAGCGACUCGGACGCGGGCGUGAACGGCGAGGUGACCUACUCCCUGGAGGAGGAGGACGCAGAGGACGACACCUUCCUGCUCAACCCGGUGACGGGCGUCUUCAACGUGACCCGCCCCCUCGACUACGAGACGCAGCGCUUCUACGUGCUGACGGCGCGGGCGCGCGACGGCGGCGGGUUGGCCAGCGCCGUGCGCGUGUACUUCAAUGUGCUGGACGUCAACGACAACGCGCCCGUCUUCAAUGCCUCAGCCUACAGCCGCUCCGUCUCUGAGAGCCUCCCGCCCGGCGCCAGCAUCCUGACGCUCGCCGCCAGCGACGCCGACGACGGCGUGAACGCCCAGCUGCUCUUCACCGUGGCGUCGGGCGACCCCCAAGGCACCUUCAACAUCACCAGGGACGGGGUCCUCCGCACCCGGCGGCCCCUGGACCGCGAGGCCCAGUCCUUCUACAACCUCAUCGUCACGGUGCAGGACCUGGCCCCGCCCCCCACGGCCCGUUUCACCAGCACUGCGCAGGUGUCUGUCAUCCUGCUGGACGUCAAUGACUGCCCGCCCACCUUCACCUCGCAGCGGGUCACCUACCUGCAGGAGAACACGCCGGUGGACACGGUGGUGUUCACGGCCAAGGCGGGGGACGCCGACAGCGGGCCCAACAGCUACGUGGAGUACUCCCUGGCCGGGCCGUUUGGGAGCAAGUUCAGCAUCGGCACGGUGGAUGGGGACGUGCGUCUGGUGGGAGAGCUGGACCGCGAGGAGCUCUCCAACUACACCCUGACGGUGGUGGCCAUCGACAAGGGCUCGCCGCCGCUCUCCUCCACCAUGGACGUGACCAUGGUGGUGCUAGACGUCAACGACAACACGCCCAGCUUCUCGCAGAACAUCUACGACGUGGAGAUCCAGGAGGACACGCUGACGGGCUCCGACGUGCUGCAGGUGUUCGCCAGCGACGCCGACGAGGGCACCAACGGGCAGAUCCGCUUCUCCAUCGCCGGCGGCAACGCCAACGCCGAGUUCCGAAUCGACUCAGUGACGGGGAUGGUGUCGGUUGCGAAGAGGCUGGACCGCGAGGCGCAGGCGUCCUACUCACUGACGGUGCAGGCGUCCGACCGGGGCUCCAGCCCCAGGGUGGACCGGGCCUCCGUGAACAUCGUGCUGCUGGACGUCAACGACUGCCCACCCGUGUUCGAGCUGUCGCCGUACUCCGUCAGCGUCCGGGAGAACCUGGACAAGCUGCCGCUCAGCAUCCUGCAGGUGGUGGCGCGCGACGACGACCAGGGUGCUAACGGGCAACUAAGCUACAUGCUAAGCGGCGGGAACGAUGAGGCGGCCUUCAGCCUGUCGUCCAGCGGGCAGCUGAGCCUGACCCAGACGCUGGACCGGGAGACCCAGGGGAGCUACCUGCUGCUGGUCACCGCCACUGACUCAGGCUCCCCUCCCCUCAGUGGGACGGCCACGGUGACGGUGCUGGUGGAGGACGAGAACGACAACGUCCCGCUCUUCUCCAGCUCCUCCUUCCACACCUCCAUCCCCGAGGACGCCCCCACCGGCAGUGACCUCCUGCUGGUCAGCAGCACUGAUGCCGACGUGGGCCUCAACGGGGUCAUCAGCUACAGCCUGAGCGGCGGUGACGGUCAGUUCUCCAUCAACCCGUCCACGGGUCAGAUCAUCAGCAGCUCGCUGCUGGACCGCGAGACGCGCUCCACCUACCAGCUGCUGGUGGUGGCCACGGACGGGGGGGAGCCCCAGGGGCUGUCCAGCUCCGCCACCGUGUCCGUGGUGGUGUCCGACGUCAACGACAACCCGCCGCGCUUCCACCACCACCCCUACGUCACCCACAUCCCCGCCUACACCUCCGCCGGCUCCCUGGUGUUCGCCGUCACAGUGACGGACGAGGACGCGGGCGCCAACGCCCAGCUGCACUACGCCCUGAUGGGACGCAACGCCGACAAAUUCCGCAUCGACCCCGUCCGCGGCGCCAUCACGGCCAACGAGAAGCUGAGCGGCAGCUCGGAGGUCACGCUGACGGUCCGCGUCAAGGACGGCGGCGCAAACCCCCGCACGGACACCACCACCGUCACCGUGCGCUUCGUCACUGGCGGCGACUUCCCCGUCAUCACGCUGCCGGAGCGCAGCUUUACCUUCCCCGAGAGCCAGCCCACCAACACCGUGGUCACCACGGUGACCGGCUCGUCCACGCGAGGUGGCCCGCUCUCCUUCUACAUCGCCAGCGGUAACCUGGACAAUGCCUUCCACGUGGACCAGCUGUCGGGCGAGCUGCUGAUCCGCCGGCCGCUGGACUACGAGCACAUCCAAAAGUAUGUGCUGUGGAUCGAGGCGCGCGACCAGGGCUUCCCGCCGUACUCCUCCUACGCCAAGGUGGAGGUCGCCCUGCUGGACGUCAACGACAACCACCCGUUGUUCGACCGCGAGCCCUUCCAAGCCGACAUCCUGGAGAACCUGGCGCCGCAGCGCGUGCUCCUUGUCUCCGCCGUCGACCAGGACAGCGGCCCAAACGGGCAGCUGGAGUAUGCCAUCGUCGACGGCAACAAGGAGAACAGCUUCAGCAUCAACCGUGCCACGGGCGAGAUCCGCACCACGCGGCCGCUGGACCGUGAGAAGGUGGCGCAGUAUGCCCUGAGGGUGAAGGCCACGGACCGUGGCUCCCCGCCCAAGAUCACCACCGUCAGGGUGCUCGUCAACGUCCUGGACGUCAACGACAACGCGCCCCGGUUCUCCAAGAUCUUCAGCGCCACAGUGCCGGAGAACGCGCCGGUGGGGUACACCGUCACCCGGGUGACCACCACGGACGAGGACGCCGGCGCCAACGCCGUCAGCCGCUACUCCAUCACGGACAACAGCCUCCCGUUCAGAAUCAACCCCAGCACCGGGGACAUCACCAUCAGCCGGCCGCUGAACAGAGAGGACCAGGACCACUACAUCGCCAAGGUGGCCGCUCACGACUCGGGCUGGACCGUCAGCACCGACGUCACCAUCUUCAUCACGGACGUCAACGACAACGCGCCCAGGUUCAGCCGGCCGUCGUACUACCUGGAUUACCCCGAGCUCACCGAGGUGGGCUCCCUCGUCACGAGGGUGUCGGCCUCGGACCCCGACCAAGACUCCAACGGCAAGAUAUUCUACUUCAUAAGAUCCCAGUCGGAGUACUUCAGGAUUAACUCCAGCACUGGGGCGAUCUUCGUGAAACAGCAGAUCAAGUACCAGAACACGACCGGUCCAAGCAGCAUGAACAUCAACCGCCACAGCUUCAUCGUCACCGGCUCCGACCGCGGGGUCAAACCCCUGGUGAGCGAGACCACCGUCAUCGUAAACAUCGUGGACAGCAACGACAACCCGCCCACGUUCGAGUCGUCUAGCUACUUCACCCCGGUCACUAAGAGCGUAAAGGUUGGCACUAAACUCAUCCGGGUCGUAGCUCAUGAUGAGAAGGACUUUGGGCUGAACUCUGAGGUGGAGUACACCAUAACCGGGGGGAACAGCUCCAGCAAGUUCAAACUGGACAAACAGAGUGGCUGGGUCACGGUGGCCUCGUCGCUGACCUCCGAUAUGAAUAAAGUUUUUCUGAUCGACAUCACUGCGAAGGACAAGGGGAACCCCCCGCUGUCGGCCCGAGUGCCCAUGCGCGUGGCCAUCACCGAGGAAAACCACCACACCCCCGAGUUCUCCCAGAGCCAGAUCACCGCCACCAUACCGGAGAGCCUCGCCGUCGGCACGGCGAUCAGAACGCUGUCCGCCAGGGACAAGGACAAGGAGAUGAACGGCCUCAUCACGUACAACAUCACCUCGGGCAACGACCAGGGCCUGUUUGUGGUGAACAGUAAGACCGGCGUGCUGUCCUUGGCUCAUGCGCUGGACUUCGAGGAGAAGCAGCGCCACGAGCUCAGGGUGUCAGCCACCGACGGAGGCUGGAUCGCCAAGACCAGUUACGUCACGGUCACCGUCCACGUGACGGAUGUGAACGACAACCCCCCGGUCUUCGACCCGGUCGAGUAUUUCCCCGUCAUCCAGGAGAACGUCCCCAGCGGCACCACUGUGGUAAAGAUGAACGCCACGGACCGAGACUCCGGGGCGAACGCCGUCAUGGCCUAUGUGAUCCAGUCGUCGGACAUCGACCACUUUGUCAUCGACCCCAACACCGGCGUCAUCACCACCCAGGGGUUCCUGGAUUACGAGGCGAAGCAGGUCUACCAUCUGACGGUUAAGGCCUUCAACGUCCCCGACGAGGAGAAGUGCAGCUUCGCUGAUGUCAACAUCCAGCUGAAGGGAGCCAACGAAUACGUUCCCCGCUUCGUCUCAAAGGAGUACUACUUUGAGGUCUCCGAGGCCGCCCCGCGGGGCACCGUGGUCGGGGAGGUGUUCGCCAGCGACAGGGACCAAGGAGAGGAUGGAAUCGUUUACUACUUCAUAUUCGGAAAGAGCAGGAGAAAGGGCUUUGGAAUCAACAAGACCACCGGCCAGAUCUACGUCACCGGGACGCUGGAUCGAGAGAAAGAGGAGAAGAUCUCCCUUAAGGUGUUGGCGAAGAACAGAGGGGUUAUCCAAGGGGCGGAUAUCGACGAGGUGUUUGUGAACAUCACGAUACUCGACGCCAACGAUCCGCCGUUUUUUUCCCAGGAUCUGUACGACGUGCAGAUCAGCGAGGGGCUGGCCGUCGGCAGCCUGGUUACCUUCGUGAGCGCCAAGGACUCGGAUUCCGUCCCCAGCUGGAGCCGCUUUUCAUACUCCAUUCCUCCAGAGUUUGACAAAAAUGUUUUUACGAUCAACCCUCAAACCGGCCAAGUGUCUGUGGCUGCUGAGCUAGACAGAGAAACAACUCCUGUGUACAAUUUAACUGUCCUGGCUGUGGACACUGGUUCUCCGUCCGCUACUGGAAGCGCCACUCUGAUCGUGAACCUCGAGGACAUUAAUGACAACGGACCGACCCUGACGACGGUCAGCGCUGAGGUCAUGGAGAACCAGAGAGCCGGGACUCUAGUCGCAACCCUCACGGCCUCAGACCCGGACCUAUCGCCGAACCAGGGUCCGUUUGCCUACAGCCUCCACAACACGGGCUCCCCAAACAGCUACUUCAGCCUCAGCUCAGAAGGGGUGUUGACCACCAGUCGGGAGAUCGACCGAGAGCAGAUCAGCGAUUUCCACCUCUCCGUGGUCAUCAGGGACUCCGGCGUGCCUCAGAUGUCCUCCACGGGGACCGUUCACGUCCGGAUCAACGACCAGAACGACAACCCCUCGGAGCCGCGGUCAAUGGAGAUCUUUGUGCACUACUUCGGGAACAUCUUCCCCGGAGGGUCGAUGGGGGUGGUGAAACCGCAGGACCCCGACAUACAGGACAGGUUCCACUGCUCGCUGAUUCCCCCCACCUCCGGUCUGUUCAGCAUCCCCACGGGAACGUGUAACCUGAACUCCAAGGCGCGCUCCACGGACGGGACCUUCGAGCUGACCGUCCGCAGCAGCGACGGCGUCCACGGUUCCGUCAGCAACACAGCGCGCGUCUUCUUCAUGGGCUACAACAACGCCACUGUGGACAACAGCAUCCUCAUCCGGCUGAACUCCCAGGGCGUGAGGAGCUUCCUCACCGAACACUACCUCAGCUUCCUGCGCAUCUCCAACUCCCAGCUGGCCGGCCUCGGCACGGGGGUGCUUCUCUACGGGGCGUUCGAGCUCAACAACCAGACCUUUCUUAUGGCGGCCAUUAAGCGAGGCCACGGCCAGUACGUCAACCCCAGUGGCGUGGCCACCUUCUUCCAGAGCAUCAAGGACGUCCUCCAUCGGCAGAGCGGCGUGCAGAUCGACGCCGUCGACCACGACCCCUGCACGCGCAACCCGUGCCAGAACGGAGGCAGCUGUAAGCGCCGCCUCGCCGUCGGGCCGGGGAUGAGGACGGAGGAGAGCGUCCCGGUCAUCCUGGUCUCCAACGACCCCCUGCCGCCGCACGCCUGCACCUGCCGGCCAGGGUACGCCGGCGCCUUGUGCGAGACGGACAUCGACGAGUGCCAGCCGUCGCCGUGCCACAACGGGGGCACGUGCCACAACCUGGUGGGCGGGUUCUCCUGCAGCUGCCCCGAGGGCUUCACCGGGAUGGCGUGCGAGAGGGACGUGAACGAGUGCCUCUCCAACCCCUGCAAGAACGGCGCGCUGUGCCAGAACUUCCCAGGCGGCUUCAACUGCCUCUGCAAGUCCGGCUUCGCAGGCAAAACGUGCGACUCCAUCAUCAAUCACUGUGAGUGUAACCCCUGUUUUAAUGGCGGCUCCUGCCAGAACAGGGUGGACGGCUAUUACUGCCACUGUCCGUUCGGAGUGUUCGGUAAACACUGUGAGCUCAACAGCUACGGCUUCGAGGAGCUGUCCUACAUGGAGUUCCCCUCACUGGAUCCCAACAACAACUACAUCUACAUCAAGUUCGCCACACUCAUGGACAACGCGCUGCUCAUGUACAACCACGACAACCAGACCGGAGAUAAGGCCGAGUUCCUGGCGCUGGAGAUCUUUGAGGGCCGCAUGCGCUUCUCCUUCAACCUGGGCAGCGGCACGUACAAGCUGAAGACCGCCAUCAGGGUGUCGGACGGCCAGUUCCACACGGUCAUCGCCAGGAGGGCCGGCAUGGCGGCGUCGCUGACGGUGGAUCUAUGUGGCGAGGACCAGGAGGCGGGGUACUGUGCCGUCAGCAACGUGGCCGUACACACCGACUGGAUCCUGGAUGUGCAGCCCAACAGGCUGUCAGUGGGAGGAGUUAGGUCGCUGGAGCCCCUCCUCCACCGCCGUGGUCAGGUGACCUCUCACGACUUCGUGGGCUGCAUCAUGGAGUUCGCAGUCAACGGACGCCCGCUGGAACCCAACCAGGCCCUGGCCUCACGCGGCGUUCUGGACAGGUGUCCCAGGCUGGAGGGGGCUUGUACGGUCAGCCCCUGCAGACACGGUGGAACCUGUAUCGACCGCUGGUCCUGGCAACAGUGCCAGUGUGUGGACGGCUUCACCGGGACCCACUGCGAGAAAUACGUGACGGCGGACACGGCUCUGUCUCUGGACGGGACGGGCCGCCUGGACUACAGCCUGAAGCAGGGCCCCAAACGCGACCUCCUACUGAGGCAGACCCUGCAGGGCUCCGUGACCUCCGACCCCACCAGGCCCAGCAGCCUGGAGGUGAAGUUCAGGACCCGCAGCAAGACCGGGACCCUGCUCCACGUCCAGGAGGCCAGCAACUACACCACCCUGAAGCUGAGGAACGGUAACCUCCACUACCUGUCGGAGGCGGGUGCGGGGGGGAAGGUGGAGCGUAUGGUGGGGGAGGCGGUGCUGUCGGACGGCCAGUGGCACACGCUGCGGCUGAUGAAGAACGCCUCGGCCACCGCCCUCUGGGUGGACGCCACCCCGUCCCGCGUCAUCCUGCACCCCACCCAGGACUUCGGGGGCCUGGGGGUCCUCACCCUCUCCUUGGGGGGCGUCCCGCCCGGAGCCAGUCAGCAGAAGACGGCCGCAGGGUUUGACGGCUGCCUGGCCUACAUGAAGUACAACGGGGAGUCCAUGCCCUUCUCCGGGGAGCACAGCCUGGUCAGCCUGUCCAAGACCAGCGCCGCUGUCAAGAUCGGCUGCCGCGGGCCCAACCUCUGUGAGAGCAGCCCCUGCUGGGACGGCCUGAUGUGCAUCAACCAGUGGUACACCUACCAGUGCGUCCCGCCCGGAGACUGCUCCUCCAGCCCCUGCCAGAACCACGGCAGCUGCGUUCCGGAGCCGCGCUCGGGCUACACCUGCCUCUGCUCCGAGUUCUACACGGGCCAGACCUGCGACACCCUGGUGGCGUGUCUAGGGGUGCAGUGCCCCCCUGGCACGGUGUGCAAGACGGCCAACAACGGUGGUUUCGACUGCAGCGCCGGCCCCUCCACCGAGCAGAUGGUGCUGCCCAUCUGGGCGGUGCCGGCCAUCGUGGGCAGCUGCGCCACCGUGCUGGCACUGGUGGUGCUCAGCCUCAUCCUGUGCAACCACUGCCGUGGCCGCAGCAAGACCCGUGUGCCCAAGGAGCCCAAGGACAAGCAGCCCAAGGAGAAGAAACCCAAGAAGAAGAAGGGCAGCGAGAACGUGGCCUUCGACGACCCAGACAACAUCCCGCCAUACGGUGACGACAUGACGGUCCGCAAGCAGCCCGAGGGGAACCCCAAACCGGACAUCAUCGAGCGCGAGAACCCCUACCUGAUCUACGACGAGACGGACAUCUCGCACAACAACGAGACGGUGCCGAGCGCGCCGUGCGCCCCGUGCAACGGCCCCGAGCCCGACAUGGAGCACUACGACAUCGACAACGCUAGCAGCAUCGCCCCGUCCGACGCCGACAUCAUCCAGCAUUACAAGCAGUUCCGCAGCCACACGCCCAAGUUCUCCAUCCAGAGGCACUCUCCUCUGGGCUUCGCCCGCCAGUCCCCGCUGCCCCUGGGCGCCACCAGCUACACCUACCAGCCGCAGUACAGCCAGGCGCUGAGGUCCACCCCGCUCAGCCACGCCCACUCCGCCUGCCCCACCCCCAACCCGCUGUCCCGCCACAGCCCCGCCCCCUUCACCAAACCCUCCUCCUUCUACCGCAACACGCCCACCCGGGAGCUGAACCUGUCGCGGCGUGAGGGCAGCCCCCUCCACCUGCAGGGCGAUGCCCACCAGCCCCCGCCCAUGUUCAACUACGCCACGCGCCUGGGCCGGCGCAGCAAGAGCCCGCAGACCAUGGCGGCGGGCCACAGCCACACGGCGUCCCGGCCGGGCAGCCGGCUGAAGCAGCCCAUCGAGCAGAUCCCCCUGGAGACGGGCCCCCCCGUGGGGCUGUCCAUCGAGGAGGUGGAGCGGCUCAACACGCCCCGCCCCCGCAACCCCAGCAUCUGCAGCGCCGACCACGGCCGCUCCAGCUCCGAGGAGGACUGCCGCCGCCCGCUGUCCCGCGUCCGCAACCCGGCCGACGGGAUCCCGGCGCCGGAGACGUCGUCGGAGAGCGACUCCCACGACUCGUUCACCUGCUCCGAGAUGGAGUACGAGCGGGAGAAGCCGGCGGCGUACACCUCCCGCGUGCCCAAGCUGUCGCAGGUCAACGAGUCGGACGCCGACGACGAGGACUACGGGGGCCGGUUGCGGCAGCGGCGCUACUCCAGCCGCCGGGCGGAGGGCGGGCCGGGCGUGGCCCCAGGGCCCCCCCCGGAGCACCAGCACCACCACCACACCCUGCCGCACAAACUGGGCCCGCAGGCCGGGGGCUUCAACUGGGACAACUUGUUGAACUGGGGCCCCGGGUUCGGGCAUUACGUGGACGUGUUCAAGGACCUGGCCAUGCUGCCGGAGGACACGGCGGCCAGGGACAUUGAGAUGAACAGCGGGGACGGCUCCGUCACCAUCCUAACGGAGGGCGAGGCCGAGCAGUACGUAUGAGACUAUUGGAGCUCCACCAGAGGGCAGGAUGUAUAUAGUGAACUACACAACGGUGUCUUUUUUUUAUUUUAUUUUUUCUCUCAAAAAUUAAGACGACUUCCAAUGCGGAAGGGCAGAAAGCGGCGCGCGUAACACGACUUGUUUUAGUAGUUUAACUCCUGCUGGACCGCUGCUGCAUGUCCAGCGGUCCGAUCCGGUUCUCGUUGUUCCAGGCCUCAUUACAACGUGUCGGCUGACAUUGAGCGGCUCAGACCGAAUUUUUGUCUGAAAUUCAAUUUGGCGACGGCGGAGCCGCGUGUACUCUAUCUUAAUCACACGCGCCUGCUUCCCAUUACCGCCGCGGCCUCUCCUGGACCAGACUUCACUGCUUCACGUGCGGCUCUACAGCCGCCGGGGAGAUAAGAUGAGCGAUAGAGUAGCCACGCUCACGGGAAGAGCAUUCCUCCACCUCCUCCUCAGCCACACUCCUCCACCGCCAUCCGGGGUCACCGUCCGUCUGGCCUCGUUAAGGAGAAGCAGGUGUGUGGGAUCCGACCGCACCUGUGGACGUAGCCGCUGCCGAGCUAGCCGCUAGCGUGAGCCUAUCGUCGCUGUUCACACGAUAGAGGAGGCCUGGCCGGCGGCGUGAUCCUAGCCUAGCUUAGCGGAGAGCUGAGCUCCAUCCUGGCUUUAUCCUCCUGUCUGCCACCCUGCAUGUAGCUCUACUCUCCUGGUCUGUCUCUCUGGCUCUCCAGUCUACUUUCCCCGGUCUCUCCCAAGUCUCCGUUGGCCAUCUUUAACUCUUUCUAUUCCUCCUCUUUUUGAAAACUUUUUGAAACACUUGAGGUGUGGACUCAGCAUGUCUGCUGCCUUACAGACCACUGAGGAUUUGUUUGGUCCUCCUCUUGCUGUCUUCUUCUUCUUCUUCUUCUUCUUCUUCUAGGACUAGAGGAUUGUUCAUCAUUAUCCUAAAACUCUUAGCAGCGUUUCCUUGCAGAGGCAGCCUAAACAUAUGAACUCUAAACUAAACAAAAGCAAACAAACAGAUAAAGUUGUGUACAUUUUUGUGAUUCACGUGAAUCCGUGAGAAGUUAUUUGUUGUCAGUCUUUUGUUUGGCUUGUUUUUUUUUUGUUUUUUGUUUUUUUACUGUGUAUUAACUUAAAUUACUUAAGCUGUGUUUGUAUGGACAUUUUCAUAUGCUGAAUUGUAUGUUCUUACUUUCGGGGAAAGUAAGAUUGAAGACUUAUUUUUUACAUUGGUUACACAUGUAACAUCGGUAUUUUCCACUUUUGAUAAAACUAUAACAUGAUGUAUGCUUUGUACUUGUAAAAAGCCAAUAACAGAAUAAAAAAAAGUAUUUAUUUAAA